UUCCUCUUCCGGGCCUGCCUUCCCGCCACAUGGGGUGUCGCUUCCGGAGUGGAAUCCUAACGCUGUUCCUGCCGCUGCGCUCCGUCCUCCAAACCCAGCAUCGCAUGCUCGGCCCAGAGUCCGUUUCUCCCCCUAAAAAGCCUCGCCACAACCUCAUGGCACCGCCCCGAAUUGGGACGCACAACGGCACCUUCCACUGCGACGAGGCGCUGGCCUGCGCGUUGCUCCGCCUCCUGCCAGAGUACAGGGAUGCCGAGAUUGUGCGGACUCGGGACCCUGAAAAACUGGCUUCGUGUGACAUCGUGGUGGAUGUGGGUGGCGAGUACGACCCUCUGAAGCACCGUUAUGACCAUCACCAGAGGACCUUCACGGAAACCAUGAGUUCCCUGUGCCCUGGGAAGCCGUGGCACACCAAGCUGAGCAGUGCGGGACUUGUCUAUCUGCACUUCGGGCACAAGCUCCUGGCCCAGUUGCUGGGCACUAGUGAAGAGGACAGCGUGGUGGAUACCAUCUAUGACAAGAUGUACGAGAACUUCGUGGAAGAGGUGGACGCAGUGGACAAUGGGAUCUCUCAGUGGGAAGAAGGGGAGCCUCGGUAUGCACUGACCACCACACUGAGUGCCAGGGUUGCCCGGCUCAAUCCCACCUGGAACCAGCCCAACCAAGACACUGAGGCAGGGUUCAGGCGUGCCAUGGACCUGGUGCAAGAGGAGUUCCUGCAGAGACUGCAUUUCUACCAGCACAGCUGGCUCCCAGCCCGGGCCCUGGUAGAGGAGGCCCUGGCCCAGCGAUUCAAGGUGGACUCGAGUGGGAAGAUAGUGGAACUGGCCAAAGGUGGGUGCCCUUGGAAGGAGCAUCUCUACCACCUGGAGUCUGAGCUGUGCCCCGCAGCGGCCAUCGCCUUCGUUAUCUACACUGACCAGGCUGGGCAGUGGCAAGUCCAGUGUGUGCCCAAGGAGCCUCACUCUUUCCAAAGCCGGCUGCCCCUGCCAGAGCCGUGGCGGGGCCUUCGGGAUGAGGCCCUGGAUCAAGUCAGUGGGAUCCCUGGCUGCAUCUUUGUUCACGCCAGCGGCUUCAUCGGUGGGCACCACACUCGAGAAGGUGCCCUGAACAUGGCCCGUGCCACUCUUGCCCAGCACCCAGAACCCACGCCCCUUGCAAAUGCUGCGGUCCAAUAAAACCUCACCUGGUGACUUUCUCAGA